CCUCCUCUAAAGACUUCGUCAGGCUUUAUCCGGCUCCGGUUUGUCGGCUACAACUUGAGAACAUUUUCAAUAGUCAACUGACUGAGAUAGAAGUUGGAUACCUUGGAGUUUAUUGCUCGGUGGGAACGUUGUUUAUUCUGGACAAAACAAGGCGUUUUGAUUAGGACAGCUGUCAUUUUGAAGUUCGUUUCAAUUGACACACAGAUGUAAGUGAAUGACAGUCUGUUUCUCAUUUGAGCGUACGACUGACCGACUAACUAUUCCGGCUCCCGAGCGGCGCAGCGGUCUAAGGCACUGCAUCUCAGUGCAAGAGGCAUCACUUCAGGCCCUGGUUUGAUCCCGGGCUGUAUCACAACCGGCUGUAAUCGGGAGUCCCAUAGGGCGGCACACAAUUGGACCAGCGUCGUCCAGAACCCGCUGAGAUGGCAGUCGGAUCAUAGUCUAACUAAGCCCGUGAGCGGCUGGAGACAGAGCGAGGGAGUGACGGACAGAUCGAGUCUCCAAAACAGAAGAUGGAGGAUGAGAGGAGCGCCCAGGCAGGGCAGCUCUUUGAGAACUUUGUCCAGGCGUCCACAUGUAAGGGCACUCUGCAGGCCUUUAGUAUCCUAUGCAGGCAGAUGGAUCUGGACCCGCUGGACUACAGGAACUUCUACAGCAACCUCAAAGCCACGGUCACCAAUUGGAAGGCCAAGGCCCUCUGGACCAAACUGGACAAGAGAGCCGGCCACAAGGAGUACAAGCGAGCCAAAGCCUGUGAGGGCACCAGGUCUUUGAUCAUUGGAGGAGGGCCCUGUGGCCUGCGCACAGCCAUCGAGCUGGCUCUGCUGGGGGCCAAGGUGGUGGUGAUUGAGAAGAGGGACACCUUCUCCAGAAACAACGUGCUCCACCUGUGGCCCUACACCAUCCACGACCUCAGGGGCCUCGGGGCCAAGAAGUUCUAUGGCAAAUUUUGUGCCGGAGCCAUAGACCACAUCAGUAUUCGCCAGCUCCAGCUCAUGCUGCUGAAGGUCUCCCUCAUCGUGGGAGUGGAGGUCCAUGUCAACGUGGAGUUUGUUAAACUGCUGGAACCACCGGACAACCAGGAGAAUGAAGGGCCUGGAUGGAGAGCUGAGAUUAGACCAUCAAACCACCCCCUCACUGACUUUGAAUUUGAUGUGGUGAUCGGUGCGGAUGGACGCAGAAACACGUUAGAUGGUUUCAAGAGGAAGGAGUUCCGGGGUAAGCUGGCCAUCGCCAUCACAGCCAACUUUGUCAACAGGAACACCACGGCCGAGGCCAAGGUGGAGGAGAUCAGCGGAGUGGCCUUCAUCUUCAACCAGAAGUUCUUCCUGGAGCUCAAAGAGGAGACAGGGAUUGAUCUGGAGAACAUUGUGUACUACAGAGACAACACGCACUACUUUGUGAUGACUGCAAAGAAGCAGAGUCUGCUGGACAAGGGGGUCAUCAUUCAUGAUUACAUUGAAACAGAGAAGCUUCUGGGCCAAGACAACGUGAACCAGGAGGCUCUUCUCUCCUACGCCCGCGAGGCUGCCGACUUUGGCACCAACUACCAGCUGCCCUCUCUGGACUACGCCAUCAACCACUGCAACCAGCCCGAUGUGGCCAUGUUCGACUUCACCUGCAUGUACGCCUCAGAGAAUGCGGCGCUGUUCAGGGAGAAGUGCGGACACCAGCUACUGGUGGCUCUGGUGGGGGACAGUCUACUGGAGCCCUUCUGGCCCACGGGGACAGGCUGUGCUAGAGGGUUCCUGGCUGCCUUUGACACGGUGUGGAUGGUGAGGGGCUGGGCGCAGGGCAAGGCCCAUCUGGAGAUCCUGGCAGAAAGGGAGGGCCUCUACAGGCUAUUACCCCAAACAACGACAGAGAACAUCUCAAAGAACUUUGAUCAGUACACCAUAGACCCGGUAACACGGUACCCCAACCUCAACUCUAGCUGUGUCAAGCCACAUCAGGUGCGUCACCUGUUCAUAGACGGGCAGCAGGACUCCUGUCCUCUGGAGCGGGGUGGACCCACACGUAGAUCUGUCAAUCUCUCCAGACGAGAGUCGGACAUCCGGCCCAGCCGCCUCCUCACCUGGUGUCAGAAGCAGACACAGGGGUACAGGGGUGUGGACGUCACCAACCUCACCUCUUCCUGGAAGAGUGGCCUGGCACUCUGUGCUCUUAUACACCGCCUCCGGCCAGACCUCAUUGACUUUGACUCCCUGAAUGAGAAGGACUCGGCCAAGAACAACCAGCUGGCCUUUGACAUAGCAGAGCAUGAGUUUGGUAUCCAGCCUGUGACCACGGGGAACGAGAUGGCUCUGGACCAGGACCCAGACAAGCUGAUGAUGGUGCUGUACAUCUCCAAGCUUUACGAGAUGUUCCGCAACUCGCCUGCAUCCAUCACUGGUACAAGGGAAACGGAGGAGAACAAUGAAGCGUAUUCAUCGGAGUCUGCAUACUCGGUUUACAACUUAAUGAACCGAACACAGCCCAAAAAAAGGAUCCCAAAGGAUAACGGGAAGCUGGAGGAGAACGAUCCGAUGAACAAAAGACGAAGAAAGGGCAGCACCUAUUUAGAGGAGUUGUCCUGUCAGAGUGCCCCCCCUGCAGGUGACGGCGGGGAGCAGAAUAAAGUGCGCUCAAUGGCCACACAGCUACUGGCCAAGUUUGAGGAGAAUGCAUCGCCCGGCAGUUCCCUGCGCAAUAAGUCUGAUUUGAACUCAGACUCUGAUUCAAGCCAUCCUUCAUCCCCUUCUCUGGAUAUGAUGGAGAACCCUCGCUUCGCUAAGCCCAAGGAACAGCCCCCUCCCUCGCCUCCACCCCCACGCCCCAAGUGGCAGCCGUCCAUCUAUAUGCGACUCUUAGAAGAGCCUGCAACCGUGGCGCAACCGACUCCCCUUCACGUUCCAACAAGGUCCUGGAGUCCUCCUCCACAUGAUGAUCAAACACAGGCCUCUCCGCGCGCAGACUUGGUGCAGCAGAGAGUGUGGAUUCCACACACCGAAACCCCAGAUGACGUAGAUUACCCAGAACAACCUUCUCCUGACCCCACAGGGAUGGGCCAGUGCCUAGAGAAGCUGGAGGACAAGAUGAGCCAGAAAAAAGUGCAAACCGUAACUACCGGGGAAUUUAACAGGAAGAGUAUAAAGGAGAGGGCUGUGCUUCUGCGUUCGAUGUUUCCUGAGUCCGAGACUCCUCUAAUGAAAGAGUAUAAGACGGAUCGAUCUGCCUUUGUUCCUAAAAUCACUUCAAUACGCCCUGUCUCUGAACCGUCUGCUCUUUCUUGCUUCUCUUCUCUUACCCCAACAUCUCCUGUGCAUCAUUACAAGUGUAAUGGAAGUGCUGCAUCAAGUAGACUCAAUCAAACGCCAAUCGAAUGUCCUGUGAGUUAUCAAGCUGAACCCUUCAAGCCUGACAUGUCUGCCGAACAGUGCAAUGGGAGUGCUGGAUCAAGUAUUCAAAAGCCAAUCAAUCGAUUUGAGCGUUACGAAGCUGGCCCUUUAAAGUCCACCGAACAGUGCAAUGGGAGUGCUGCACCAAGCGUAAUGAUUAAAAAAACAAUUGAUCAAUCUGAAAGCUGUCCUGUUGAGCCCUCUAAGCCUGCCAAACAGAGGACAGUUGGGAAGGUCUCUUCUCACAUAGGUGCUAGGGCUGAAACUCUAGCCAUCCUUUAUGAAACUGACCACAGGCCUAAUGCCUUGCCGUGUAUCGUGCGGAAGGAGUUCCCUCAGAACCUGGGAGGCAGUGACACAUGUCACUUCUGCUCCAAGCGUGUGUACGUGAUGGAGCGACUCAGCGCUGAGGGCCACUUCUUCCACAGGGAGUGUUUCCGCUGUGACGUCUGCAGCUCCACACUACGCCUGGGAGGACACGCCUACGACUCCCAACACGGCAAGUUUUACUGCAAGCCUCAUUAUUCUCAGCGUCGGUCCAGCCUACAAAGUUCAAGCAAGUUCUUGAGGAGAACGGAGGACCAGGGACGUCUGACGUCUUCGCCAGACCGGAGUGACCCCUACUCGGCCACGGACAGCCUGCAGAGCCAGCCCUCAGGGCGUCACUACAGAUACACGGGCCUGUUGAAUGGACUGUACACCCGCAUGGUGCCUGAGGUGGCAGAGGAGGCCAUGGACACAAUGGACCUGGACACCAACAGGACUGCCGACUCGAAGAAACAGGACCACUCGAAUACUUCUCUCCAACCACAAGAUUCUGCACAAGAGAAGAAAGAACCUUCCGAUUCCAAUUCAUCUCUCCUGUCUGGGAACAGCCGAUGGAAGAGGAAGAUCCGUGCUACUCUCCCUCUCAUCCUGGUGAGGCACUUCUCACAUGAAAACGCUACAGAAAAAGAGGAGCCCACCAUUGAAGAGGACAACUUUGAUUUCAACGUGAUUGAAACACCACAGGUCUCCGAUGAUGGUCCUAAACUACCUCCAGAUUCUCCGAAUCAGAAUCCAUCGAUGGGUAAAGAAGCGCCUCCUGUCACCAAAGUGCCACAGCUGCAGGAAGCAGUCGGCCCAAAGAAGAGGCUGACCCUGUCCCUGUCUGAGAAACAGAAGCUCCUAGACUGGAACCUGGUUACUCCAGAAGAGGCCCGAAGCCCUGGAGGAGGAGACCCAUCCAAACACUACAAACCUGGGGACCAGAUCCUCCAGAAGGACCCAUUGCCUCAGGUAGACCCAGAGACAGAGCCAGUCCCAGCUCAGCCCCAGCCGGCACCGUCCAUGUUCCAGAUUUGGGCAAAUGCCUUCAGAAGGUCUUUUGGAGUACCAGGGACCACCACAGACUCCAACACAGUUGUCACCAGGAGGAACAACAACGGGCCCACCAAGUCCAGGCCUCUGUCUGACGGCGCCUUCAGCUUUAUCUCCCUGUUUGGGGCUACUGCUCAAAGCCAGGAGGCCGAACCAGUGGGAGUGGGUCAGAAGAGCCAGCCGACCCCACACCCAUGCAAGGCCUCCAUGGGUGAUAGACCCGCAGACCUGCCCACGCUACUGGACCAGGUGUCCCUAGGCAGCAACAAGUCCGUGGGAUCCUUCACCACAGACGACAUGGCCUCACUGCCGCCCAGGAAGCACAACUUCUUCUCCUACCUUAGGCUGAAGAAGAGAGAGGGGCCGGUGAGCGUGGGAGCGGGGGUUCUGGAGAAGGACAUCGGGACCAUUCUGUCCAACAUCAGGAACAAAGCCUCCAGCGAACAGCAGAAGGAUGAGUCCAACUCCUCAAGUGACGAUGAGCUUGUCCCAGCCAAACCUUUGUCCCAGCCGAAGACCCAUGGGAGCUCAGAGAGACAGAGGAGGAGGCAGGAGAAGACUGUGAUUCAACAGGACAAGAGAGAGAAGCUGAAGAGACUCCACAGAGCCCAGGUCAUACAGAGGCAGCUGGAGGAAGUGGGGGAGAAGCAGAAGGACCUGGAGGAGAGAGGGGUGACCAUUGAGAAGGUCCUUCGAGGCGAAUCCCCAGACAAAGGUGAUGGUCUCUCUGAUGAGCACGAGCUCCUUCAAAUGUGGUUCAAGCUGGUCCUGGAGAAGAACAGACUGGCACGCUACGAGGAGGAACUGGUCAUAUUUGCUCAGGAACUCGAGCUGGAGGACAGACAGAGUCAACUACAGAUGGAUCUACGAUGCAGGAUGUCCAUAGACGAUUCCAGGAAGAGCUCCAGUGAGCUGGCGGAGGAACAGGAGAUGCUGACAGAGAUCAUGAAGGUGGUGGAGAGGAGAGACACUCUGGUCAGCCUGCUGGAGGAGCAGCGGCUGCAGGAGAGGGCUGAGGACAGAGACCCGGAGAGCCUGGUACUGUCUAGAGGCUACCAGUUCCACUGGACCUGAAGAGAAUCAGCCCUCUGGGGCAGGGAAAAGGCUACAGCACCAUGCAGCUCCACAGGCAGAAGAGACAAGUGACUUCACUACUAGUGACUACCCUACUGGAUUUGGCCGCACGUGGCAUGAUGACCCUUUUGAAUAUGUAUAUCAAUUUGACUUGUCAAUUCCUACUUGAGGACCACACCUCUUAUGAACCUGAGGGUUGUACAGCAAAUGUCUGUAUAGGCUAGUCUCUCGAGACAGCCUUCAGAGAUUACUGUAUGCCUUACAAAGAAAACCUCUGAAUGUAUGCAACCUUAUAAAUAGAAUAAUAUAAAACACUUUGUCAGUUGCACUGGAAAGCACUUAUAAACACUACAGAAACCCAAAGAUUCAGCCUAUCAAAGAUGUUUUCCCUCUCAAAGAAAAAUAUUGCUUAUGUACAGUACCAGUCAAACGUUUGGACACACCUACUCAUUCCAGGGUUUUUCUUUAUUUUAACUAUUUUCUACAUAAUAGUGAAGACAUCAAAACUAUGAAAUAAAACAUAUGGAAUUUUAUAUUUGAGAUUCUUCAAA